GGAUCCCUGCCACAGGUCCUGUGCCCUGUCCUGACAAUGUGGUCACAGACGGAUCUGUGUGUGACAAACCUGCGCUAACUACGCGCGUGAAUGCAUGCAUGGAAAACCGACAAAAUCUGCUGAAGGCCUGUGGAUCUUCAUGAAGGUCAGUUUCCUAGUUGUGAUACUGUAUUAGAGUGAUUCCAGAUGUUACCACUGUGGGAACAGACUGCAGCCCAGAGAUGUCUCAUCUUGCCUAACUUCAGUCCUAUAAUCGGGAAUUUCUGACUGUGCACCCGGAGCUCUCUCAUUACAGACGGGUCUUUAAUAACGUCAGGCUUCACUUGAGAUCCCGAGAAAGGAAGGAAAAAACAAAAAACCCCACCCGCAAAAGAGCAAGACGGCAGAGUAGGAGAACUCGUCCGAAGAGAGGUACUAAGGCGCGGAGAGGAGUAACUGUCAGGCCCUUCGUCCUUCUCCUCCCUCCCGCGCCCCCUUCAACUGUCUGACAUUUUCUUGGGGAAGAAAUUCGCAACUGGAUUAAGGCAAAGUGCUGUUGCCAAGGCGCAGCAGGCGGCACAGGGGGCAGGACUCCCGACCAGCCACAGAGCGGCGACACCUCCGUGGCCACCCGGACCGGAGGGACCAGCGGCGCACAGGGCCACUCGCCCGCCAGCCCGGCAGAGCAGGGACACUUGGGACGUCGAAGCCGGAGUGACAGGCGGAGACAAGCGCAGGGAAGUGACCCGGCGCCGCAGAAAGCAGGUGUGAACGCCCACCGGCCGUGCUCACUGGCAUCACAUGCCCUCCUCCCAUGUCGGUCGAACACGCAGACAUCCGGGUCAAGAGUUACAACGUGAGCUCCAGGGAGCGGUACACAUGUAACUCUGGCUUCAAGCGUAAAGCUGGGACAUCCAGCCUGACCGAAUGCGUGUUCAACAAGACCAUGAACGUGGCCCAGUGGACAAUUCCCAAUCUCAAGUGCAUCAGAGACCCCUCCCUGACUCACCUAAGGCCAUCCUCCACAGAAGUGCCAGCAGGGGUGACCCCAGAGCCACAGAGCACCUCCCUUUCUGGAAAAGAACCAGCUUUCACUUCCACGUCAGACACCACAGUGGCCACAAAGCCCGAUACUGUGCCAGGCUCCAGGCCGAUGCCAUCAAAGCCUCCUGCUACAGGAACCACAGGGCCGAUCAGUCAGGAACCCUUCCAAGCCCCACCUCAGACAACGGCAAAGGCCUUGGAACGCACUCCCUCCGCCUCACAGGAGACGCCAGGUACAUAUUCAUACAAUUCUGGAGCUGUGACUGUGGCAAUCUUCACACCUGUCGCUGUGCUCGGGGUAGUAUGUGCGGUGCUUCUUCUGGUCUGUUACCGAAAAUCCAGGCAAACUUCGCAGACACCCAGUGUUGAAAUGGAAAGCAUGGAAGAGAUGCCAAUGACUAGGGGAACCAGCAGAAGAGAGGAGGAUGCAGAAAACUACCCACACGACCUGGGACACUCAGGGGGAGACUGAGGGCAGCAGAGACUUGAGCGAAGGCGCCAACCCUGCCCUAGCCGAAGAGGACCUGGAAACGACUCAAGGAGCUGGGCACCAGGAAACAGCCCAUCAGGAUGAUAAAACAAACGUCUUGGCAUCAUUUUAUCAACAGCACCCAGCCAAGACACCUCCUAGGCUCUGCAGUCUCAGGAUGGAUGCUCGGGACCCGUCCUGCCCUGCCCGGCCUCAGGUGUAGGGCUGCCUUCCCCAGAUCCCAGCAGUUGAAGCUUUCCUGGGAGUGGCUGAAGGCCUCGGCUUUCCUUUUAUUUCAUUGUGACAUUUAUUUGGGAUAGCUUAGCAGCUUGACUAUUCCACCCCUCAUCCUGACUUGCAGUUUACAGAGAAAAGAAAUACACCUGAGACUCUAAGAUAAUUCUGAGUCUCCUGCUGGCUUAAGAGAUGUCUACAAGGAUGACAACAGUGUUGCAGCUCCAAACGCUGUCCCUCUACUGAGGUGCUCUGCAGGCACUGAAAGGGAGCAAAGAGGUAUCGUGCCCCAUCAAUCCACUUAAGGAUUCACAAAGAAGGAAACUGAACUCAGUGACAUUUUCCAUGUAUAUGCAUUUCUAUUUAUACUCCCUAUUAUAUCUACAUAUUUUAUAUAACUGUUAUUUUGAAAUUGUGCCUUGUAUAAACAAAAUGUCUAUUUUCAAUAUAAAAAAAAAAUGCACUGAAAGAAUCACUGAGAAGAAAUGUGCCAUGAAUAAAAAAGAGGAGAAAGAGCGGGAA